AUGUUAGAAAAUUCUUCAGAUCAUAAUGAUAGUAGUAAUCAUCAACAUGAUAAUAUUAAAAAAGAAAAUAUGAAAAAUAAUCAACGAUCAAUUCCUUUAACUCGACAAGUUAUUGUAGUUGAUGAUAAUUGGAUAAUGAAACCAUUGAAAAAUGAAAAUAAAUUUAUUCAAUCAACUAAUCAAGGUGAAGCAACAUUAUUAGAAACAGAACAAGAUGAAACAUCAUUCGUAAAUUCUAAUCAACGUCUAGUUUUUUCUUCAGAUCAAAGCAAAUCAGUGAAUACAGUUAAUAAGAUGCAACAAUCACGCAACAUUAAUACAUUCUCACCACAUAAUCUUAAUAAAAAUACUGAAAAACCUCAUUCGAUUUCAAAAACAAAUAAUAUGCAAUCAUCAUCAUCAUUACGAAAUCGAACUAAAACGAAUAUAAUUCCAUUACCGAAACGUACAUCAACUUUUCCUAUAAAUAAAAUAACAAAUAUAGAAACUCGAAAAUCUAUUUCACGAAUUCCCGUUCCAUCUAAUUCAUCAUCACGAUCAAUAUCACAUAGUCCAAGUCGAACAAAAGAUAAACGACAAAUUUCAUCAACAAGUAGGGACAGUGCUUUUCAUUUGGUAACUCGAAAUGAUCAUCAAAAACAAAUGAAUUCCAAAACACAUUCAUUAUCUAAUAGUAAUAAUUCAUCAUUUAAAGAUAAUCGUAAACGAAUAACAAAUAGUGAUGAUGAUGAUCAUGAUCCUGAAACUGAUAAUUUAAAUCAAGAUGAUCUUAAAUUAAAAUUAAAAGAAGAAAAACGACAUGGAAAAAAGAAAGGAGAAUUAUUAAAUAAAUUACAUGAAAGUUAUGAAGAAUUAUUAGAAAAAUAUGCACAUGCAGAAAAUACUAUUGAUCAAUUACGUUUUCAACCGAAAAUUUUCAAUGAAAAUACACCGAGAUCAACUACUUCUGAACAUCAUGUACAUAUUAUUCAACAACCAACAGUUAAUAUAGCUACGUUACGAUCGAGUGGAGUAUAUCAUUCAACAACUGGUUCACCAUAUUCAUCGAUAAUACCAGUAACAUCAACAACUACAACAACAACAACACCAGUUAGAAAAAGUGUAUCACCUGCCUAUUCAGAAGAAUUAAAGACACCAGAAACAUAUAAAUUUAAUUUACUUGGUCAAACAAAAACAUUAGGACAUAAAAUGAAAUCAUUUCUUACAUUAAUGGAUGCAGAUCAAUUAAGUUUAGCUGAACAAAAACAAGUUUAUGAUAAUAUUAAACAAGAUUAUGAAAAAUUAAUUCAAACAUUAGAUAGAAAAAAAUAUGAUGAUGAUGAUCUUCAUAAUAUUAAUCUUGAUGGAGAUUUAAAUGAAGAAUUAGAAAUAAUGAAACAAUUAUUAAAAGAAAUUGUUCAAAGAAUAACAGAAAAUUUACUUGGUAAAUCAAUUGAUAGUUCAUCAGCUGAACGAAAUAUUCGUUUGAUACAUGAUGAUAGUCAUUCAAGUCAAUUAUCUGCUCGAUCUUCAUUAUGUAAUCAUAAUGAUCUUAUGGAUCAAUAUCAAAAAUUAUUAAAUGCUGUUAAUACAGAAAAUACAAAUAAAAAUGAUCAAACGAAAAUGAUAUUUAAUAAAUUAGAAACUGAUUCAAAACAAAUAAAAACAACUUCUCAUGAUUCAUCACAAUCAAGUUUAUUCGAUCAUCAUCCAACAUCAACAACAAAUAAACAAAAACCAUAUGUUUAUGUAUCCGGAGAUUCUGAUGAUGAACAACAACCAAGUAGUAAUAUCACACCUAUACCAACCAUGAAAAGCAUUGAAUCAACUUCAUUUGAACCUGAUUAUAUAUCAUCUUCAUCUGUUAAAUAUCAUCAACAUAGAAUUGAAGAACAACCAUAUAGACAUGUUAUAGAUACGACAACAAAGAAAAAAAAUGAACAUGAAAAUGUUGAAAAACCUACAAAAACAAAAGGAAAAAUAAAAAUUGAACAAAAAAAAAUAAAAAAUGAUCAUCAAUAUAAUAAACAAUCAAAUCCAUUAAUACCAUCGGAUAGAAAUCGAUAUACAAAUAAUUCAAUAAAAACACGUUCUAAUGAUUAUGAUAGUGGUAUUGGAACAAAUAAUAUAACUAAAUUAAGUUAUGAUAGUAAAUUAUAUACUAGUACAAUGGAUGAAAGUCAUUUUCAAUCGUUCGAUGAUGGACAAGAAUCAAUGUCAUCAUCACAUUCAAGUAGUUCAGACUUUACAAGUUCUGGACGUCCGUAUAGUAAAUAUACAAACAGAUUCGAUAGCUCACCAUCAAAUAGAAGAAAACUUCAAGAUCCUCAUUCAUCCGAUAUUGAAACACAUGUAACCGGUUCAUUUGAUCCAAUUCCACAAACAUCUUCAUUUAAUAAACGAAUAAAUCAUAAUUAUAAUAUUGGGAAACCACAAAAAACACCAAUAUAUUAUAAUUCACGUGGAAUACCAUUUCAUCGAAGUACAUCAAUUGGAAAUAAUAAAAUGAAAUAUUCACAUUCAGUUAUUGUACCAAAAAUUCAUACUCAACAAAAUUUAUAUUAUCAACAAACAAUACCAAUAACACAACAUCAACCAAGAUAUAGAAGUUCACUUUAUAUCAAUCAUCCACAUACAAAUAAAUAUUUUGAUCAAUAUAAAUCGAAUAAUCUUUAUUUAGAUUCACAAACAGGAAUUAUCUAUCGAUAUGAAUCAAAUAAAAAUCAAUAUCAAACUAAAAGCUAUUGUGGUUCACCUUCUCAAUCGAAUUUAUAUGAAUGUGCUCAAUGUGGAAGUAUUACAACAUAUCAUCAUCGUCAUCAUAUUAAUUCAACAUUAAAACGAACUCCAUCUUAUCAAGAUGAUCCUGGUUAUGAAAGUGGAUAUAAAAAAAGAAAUCAUCGGCAUCGAUGUAUGGAUGAAUAUAUAUCAUCUACUGAUAGUGAUUCAGAUACAACUUCAAAUUAUCUUGAUAUAAUCGAAUUAAAUGAAGCUUAUAAUCGAGCAGAAAAAGUUCGACAUAAUUCACAAAGUUUAUCAAGACAUAUUAAUCGUCAACUUAAACUUGCUUUAGCUGCCAUUUAA